AUGGACAAGGAGAGCGACGGCAGAGAAAAGUUGCCGGAGGAGAUGUGGCAAGAGGUGCUCAGGUGGCUCCCGCUACCGGACCUCUACGCAGCCGCCCUGGCGUGCCGAAGCUGGGCGACUUUGUCCCUCUACGACGAGGCCUUCUGGCGACAGCUUGCUGAGCGCAUAUUGCGAAGCAUCCACAAGAUUCUGAACGUCAAGCGAGCGUAUGGAAUGAGCACCCAGGACUUCUACUUUCUGAUGCAACGUGCGGCGGAGGAGGCGAACCUGAUGACUCUGGACGAGCACUUUGACAACUGGAUACCAACGGACAUUGUGCAGGAUUUCGUACGCGAGUUCAUGAAGGGCUUCCAGAACUUCAUGACCCAGCUCGGCUUUGAGCCAGGGGUCGAGCUCAAGUAG